AUGUGCCCCUCUCCUGAGGUUGAACAUCAUAGUGAGAAGGAUGAAGAUUCCUCCAGCUCUGAGAAGGGUAUGACUGCUAAUGGUUUGUGCUCUCUAGGGAAAACUGUGUCUGGUAAAGAAAAAUCUGUGGCAUCCAAAACUGCCAAUGCUUCCCACUCUGAGAAGCAGGAUGAUACAAACGAUGUGAUUGACCUAGAGGAUGAUAGGUAUGAUGAUCAAGAUGAGAUCUUAGUUUAUCAUUUAAACCCAAGUGUGGCUAAACGUAUGAAGACUCGAAAAGGUAGAUCUGUGGCUGAAUUGAUGUCAACUAGAAUAGCUAAGACGACUAGAUAUGUCGGUCCCUCCAAAUCUUGGAGCAAGAAGACCACUGUGAGGAAGUCUUCUGUGAAAGUUGUUGUUGUGCAUUUGGAUAAUAUUUCUUUCCAUCUUGAGGAUGGAGCUGACAAAUGGAAAUUUGUGAUUCAAAGAAGGGUGGCUGUGGAAAGGGAGUUAGGAAAGGAUGAUGUUGAAGUCAAGGAGGUCAUGAACCUGAUAAAGACUGUUGGAUUGAUGAAGAUUGUGGUUGGGUUCUCUCAGUGCUAUGAGGGUUUAGUUAAGGAAUUCAUUGUUAACAUUCCUGAGGAUAUUGCUGAUAAGAACAACAAGGAAUUUUGCAAAGUGUUUGUGAGAGGUAAGUGCAUCACUUUCUCUCCCACUGUUAUUAACAAUUUUCUGGGUAGAAAAGUUGAGGGUGCGGGUGAAUUGGAAGCUACAAACAAUGAGGUCUGUAGAGAAAUUACAGCUAGGCAGGUGAAAGGGUGGCUUAUUAAGAAGCAUCUUCCUGCUGGGAAGUUAACUGUCAAAUUUAUGUUUGAACAAAUCAUCAAGCAUGCAUCUACUAAUGCAGUUAAGCUGCCUAUUGCUUUUCCCUCUAUGAUUUGUGGGAUCAUCCUGAAGCAACACCCUGGUAUUCUAAGUUCUAAUGACUUACCAAGUAUAAGAAAACCUGCUCUGUCAGUGCACUAUAAACUGUUUGAAGGCAGUCCUGUCGAAGACAUUGUCAUGACAUCUGCCAUGAAAAAGCGAGCCUCAAAAGUUGGAAAUAUUGUUGAGCUGAAGGAGACUUCUAAAGAGCUGGGUGAAGGGAUAAAGCUUGCUUACAACUGA